UUUGGAGUUGUUGGUUCAUUCAAAAAGACAGCAUAUCUAUCCAAUGAGGAAAUAUAUCGUCCUAAGAAGCAAGGAAUUUACCUAUAUACCUCUCAGGUUAAGAAUCAAGCAGUUGUGAGACACGCUAGCAGACCAUGCAACCAUUGCGGGUGUGAUUUGGGAUGUGGAAAAGAAAAUGUUCAACCAUGGACGGAACGCUCACCCCCCGGUAUAGCGCUAAGGCUAAGUGAAUCGAGUAAUCCGGCUCUGGGAGAUGUUUCUAAGCGGGGUAAUCUACACGGAAGGAAAAGGGCAGGAACCAGGCAGGACAGUGUAAAGGAGAAGCGCCAGAGAAUGUAG